AGUAAAUACGAAAUCGGAUCGUGAUUGGAGACGUAGAAUCCCGUGUUGUAUAUUGUAUGCUUUGUAUUGGAAUAUGAAGUUUGUUGAUAUUUUAUAGUAGCCUUGUCUGUUUGUGGGGUUGUCAUUAAAUUAUGUUAUCUGAUAUCAUCUUGGUCGAGGCCUGUUGGUUGUUUUGAGGGGACAUUCAUAUUAAACAAAGGGAUGUUUAGGCCUAACUAAGGAAUUUUUGACCAAAAUCGAUACACUAUAUUCUUUUUUAUAAUGUAUGCAUAUAUUCUUUUAUAGGAACCAAACCUACUGCGUUGCAGUCUCAUAUUCCACCUCAGAUGUUUCCAAAAUUUGGAAGCUAUAGUUUAUUCUCUACCUAUUUAUAGAACUACUUAGGACAUUUCAUGGUUGAUGAUUACACUCUUAACUUUGAAUCUGUGGAUCUUUCUUUUAGGAGAAGAUGUUGCAACAUAAAAGAGGCCUUAUAUCUCUUGAGCAAAGCAGCUUCAUGGAUAUCAUGCCAAAACGAUUAAAGACGGAUGACUCUCUUUCUUCAAAGGAAAAGAAAGAGAAAUUUAGCGAACGGAUUUCUGCUCUUCAACAGCUUGUCUCACCAUAUGGGAAGACUGAUACAGCUUCGGUCCUCUUAGAAGCAAUGGAGUACAUAAGGUUUCUUCAUGAACAGGUUAAGGUACUAAGUGCUCCAUACUUGUACAGUACACCAACACAAUUACAGGGCGAAGAAGGAUCCAGCCUCAGUGCCAAAGGCUUAUGCGUUGUGCCUGUCUCAUUCACUGUUGGAGUUGCUAACAGCAACGGUGCAGAUAUCUGGGCACCCAUCAAGACAAGCCCUGCGACUUCCAAACGAGCUAUAUCCGAGGAAGCUUCAGUCAUAACCCAGAGUUAGAAGCUUCAGUGUCGGAGUGACUGUCUGCGAAUGAGAAAGAUCACAUUUUAGUUAUUAGAAGCUAUUGAUCUGGGAAUGAAGUGAUGAUGAUAGUGUAUGUAUGAACUAAGAUGUAAAUUUAUGGGAAUGGUUGGAAAUAAAUCAACACUUUUUUGAGUU